AAUAGCUCCGACUUAUACCAUUCAUGUAUGAAAUCAAGAUGCAUCCGUUUACACCAAACCGAACAAACCGAACAAACCAAAAAGAAGAAUUCAAAUUGAGGCUCGCCACAUUAUUAUAUUGUUAUCGAUAAUAUUAACUGAUUUAUCAAUUAGAUCUCGAAGCAUACCUCUAACAUGAGCACGAGUGAGGUCAUGAUCCUACAGCUGUGACGUUUUGAGAGCCUAUGACGUCAAUAGUGGAAGUUUCUCCCAUCAGCACAACCCUUCGAGGCCUUACGAGCAGCAUUUAUUAAAGGAUGGAGCAUCUGAUGUCAAUUUCUCCUUCUCUCUUGUGUUAAUUCAUAAUUCAUAUCCAAAACCAUUCAAUCAAAUUUCGUAUCCAAAUCUACCAGACGAGCUAUAAAAAAAGCAAUCAUAUUUUCUCACCCAACCCUUAUCAAGUAAAACAACAUUGCAAUGAGCGAAUCAACUAAUACGUCCGAAAGAAAAGCACCUAGUGCGGGAACUAAGGUCAACCUUGGAAAAGACGCCCCUAUUACCAAGGAAGGACCCGGAGUUGUAACCGUAGAUUCGCUCGCCGCAGAGUCACAAACAUUCCGCCAAGCCAACGAGGUAGAACCUCAGCCAGUUCCUCGAGAGAAACUAAUAAACCCCCCAAAGCCACAUGAAGCCGACACACAUGAAGACGGGAGUCACUCAUCUCCAAACGAAUCCGAACAGGGCCACAGGCAUGUGGAGACUGCACCUACAUACGUGCUGAGCCAGUACAUAAAGCAGAAACACCCACACGGCAAGAACUUGAAGGAGGACGACAGCAUCGGCACGGAGGACACCACCAAGAACCUGAGCUUCUCCGAAUUUGGCACCGAGAAUGACCCCGGACUAGCCGCCGAGAAAAAGUUCAUCUCUAAGCCGCAUGUCUCCGGAAUACCAGAUGCCAGCUUUAAUGCUGGGCGCGAGAAGCAAGUGGACAAUCAGCAACCGUUCGGCGCAUUGGAUAGAGAUACUUCGCCGUGAAGGGGGUUAAAAAAAGUUGUUUGGGUUUCUAAUGGUACUUUUGUGAAUUGUCACUUGAUACCACCCGACCAAUACGGUUCUUGUUCAUGUUUAUUUGCUAUGUUUUUAGGAUAUUUCACCUUCCUGUCGCUAUGACAGAUCAGAUAUAUCGGAGGUACCAAUCAAUACCUUAGGCAACGAUAACAACAAAUAAAACAAGUCUCUAACAUGCGCAAGUAAUACUAAAACUACCUUAGAUUAGGUUAGGU